UUUUUCCCCAUGGCUGCCCAACCUCAGCUGCUCUCCCUGGCAGACCGGUGGGCUGCUUCCCCUGGUACCGCUUCUCGCUUGCCAAGCCUGGAAGGAGUAUUUACCGAAAGAUGAGUUUUAUGGAUUUAUUACUUUUUGAAUGAGGCAGACUCCAGCCUUCCCGCUGUCUGCUCCUGAGCCUCGCCGGGCCUUGAGCUACACUUCUCCGGGGGCAGCCAGCUCAGAAACGAGAGGCCCCGGCCCAGCCCCUGCCCUGCGGCGAGCGCGAGCCCCGGCCGCCCGGCGCCCUCUGACACGGCACCCGGAGCCGCCCCGCCGCCCCGCGCAGGCCGCGCCGGGGCGGGGCCGAGGGAGGGCGUGCGGCGGUUGGCGUCCAUGGAAACCGAGCGCACGCGGAGCACCGCCCUUCUUCUCGCCGGGCUGUUGCCGCCGCCAUCAUGAUGCUGCUGGGCCGCGGGAUGGACGCCAGGGACAAUCAGACUAGACAAAUACAAGAUGCUGUUUCAAAUGUGGAAAAACAUUUUGGUGAAUUGUGCCAAAUAUUUGCUGGAUAUGUACGUAAAACUGCCAGACUACGAGACAAAGCAGAUCUUCUAGUAAAUGAAGUAUAUGCAUAUGCAGCCACAGAGACACCAAACUUAAAAGUUGGACUGAAAAACUUUGCAGAUGAAUUUUCCAGACUUCAGGACUAUCGCCAGGCAGAGGUUGACAGGCUUGAAGCCAAGGUUGUUGAACCUCUGAAAAGUUAUGGGACCAUAGUGAAGCUUAAAAGGAAUGAUCUUAAAGCAACUUUAACAGCAAAGAACCGAGAAGCCAAGCAAUUGUCUCAACUGGAAAAGACACGUCAGCGGAAUCCAUCGGAUCGACACAUUAUUUCACAGGCUGAAAGUGAAUUGCAGAGAGCUUCACUGGAUGCUACUCGAACAACUCAGCAAUUAAAGGAAACCAUUGAUAACUUUGAAAAGCAGAAAAUAAGGGACAUAAAAAACAUAUUUUCUGAAUUUAUAACCAUUGAAAUGUUAUUCCAUGGGAAAGCUUUAGAGAUAUAUACUGCUGCCUACCAAAAUAUCCAAAAUAUUGAUGAAGAAGAAGAUUUAGAGGUUUUUCGGAGCUCACUUCAUCCACCAGACUACCAAUCUCGCUUAGACAUAGUUCGUGCAAAUUCCAAGUCGCCCAUGCAAAGAACUGGCUCCUUAAAAUCUUCAUUGAGAACAGUACAGAUUUCCAGCAGUAUGCUAAGAAAAGAGGAAGAAGAGGAGGAGGAAGAAGAUGAUGAAGAUGAAGAGGAGGAAGAUGACGAAGAGGACGAAUUAGAUGCUACAAAGGAAGCUUGCCUAAGAUGACUUUUGAUUCCUUUACACAUACAGAAUGAACGUUCACCAAGAAGGACCUAGCCCAGUAUCUACUUUGAAUGCUGCUUUCCUUUUAAAUAAAAGUGCCUUCAUAAUAAAACUAAUUGAUAUUUUA